CCCACUGCACGUCUUGUCCCCGCCCUCCGACAAAGCCCAGCAUCCGUCCUCAUCCACGCCGCGUGAUGCCCCUCGCAUCCACGCAGAGCAGCUCGUGGAAUCGUAGUAGUUGGAGUAGCAGCAGCAGCAGCAGCAAUAUAGGAGUGUUCUUCACACCUUCGCCUCCGUUCAUGGAUUCGCCUUUUUUCUGGAAUAUCGCUCCAUCCCAUCUCGAGUGAGGUGAAUCCUGAGAGGAGAGGUCUCCAGGAGGGGGAGACAAGAUGGCAUCCAACCACAUCCUACGUAGCUACUCCAUCAUUCCAUGUUUCAUCUUUGUGGAGCUGGUCAUCAUGUCAGGUACGGUGUUGCUGGCCUACUAUAUGGAGUGCACGGAUCUUUUCAGCGUGCACGUCCAGGGCUUCUUCUGUAACGACGCCGAGCUGAUGAAGCCGUACCCCGGGACGGAGGAGGCCAGCUUUGUACCCCCCCUCAUCUUGUACUGUGUGGUAGCCGCAGCUCCAACCGCUAUUAUUUUCGUCGGCGAGCUGUCCAUGUACGCCAUGAAAUCGACAAGGGAAUCUCUCCUGUCUCAGGAGAAAACCAUCGUAACUGGCGACUGUUGUUACCUCAAUCCUCUUAUUCGCCGCGUCAUACGCUUCAUCGGUGUGUUUGCAUUCGGACUCUUUGCCACAGACAUCUUCGUCAAUGCCGGCCAGGUGGUCACGGGUGGCCUCUCGCCGUACUUUCUGACAGUGUGCAAACCGAACUACACCGGCACCGAGUGCCGUUUGAACCACCAGUUUAUCAAUAAUGGUAACAUCUGUACCGGAAAUCCCAUCAUUGUCGGGAACGCCCGGCGAUCUUUUCCGUCCAAAGACGCCUCGCUGAGUGUUUACUCUGCUGUUUACCUGACGAUGUACAUCACCAGUACCAUCAAAACCAAGUCUAGCCGCUUGGCCAAGCCUGUCCUCUGUCUCGGGACUCUCUGUUCAGCCUUCCUCACCGGACUCAACCGGGUCUCAGAGUACCGGAACCAUUGUUCGGACGUGGUGGCUGGAUUCAUACUUGGAUCAGCAGUUGCACUUUUUCUGGGCGUGUGCGUGGUGAACAACUUCAAAGGCGUCCACGGCGCCACGACCAAACAGAAGAGCGAAGAUUACCGCGGCCUCCCCCUGAUGACUUUCCCUCGCGUCGAAAGUCCCCUGGAGACCCUCAGUGCACAGAACCACUCGGCAUCAAUGACGGAGGUCACAUGACUAAGGGGGCAGCACCGGGUCACGUUUGCGUCUCCGCAGCACUUCCAGACACAAUGACAAGGACGCAUGUCACGUGGCUCCGAUUGCUUACCAAAAACAAACAUAUUUGUCUCGUUCAUUCCUCCCUUCCUCAUCGGGGGGGGGGGGGACCAAAUCCACCAUGUUUGUAAUGGGCAUCGGUAUUACAAAGCAAACUCAAGCACAGAUUGUUUUCUUCAUAACAACUCAUUGCAACACGGGGCAUUUAUGUUCCUCCCAGAUGUUCUGUUUUUGAUUGGACGAGGGUGUUUUGCACAUUUUGUAUGAGCGAUCGCUGUCGAACCCAGCCUGACGAUGUUCCACACCCCUGUGUCGCAUCACGUCCCGUCAGGUGACUUCCCCCCCCGUCCCGUCCCGUCCCCACCUCAGUCUGAAAAUGUGCUAUGAAAAAAGUAGCAAUGUUGAUGUUGUCAUUCUGUGAUGUUUGUCAUUUGUACAGAAAAAAAAAGAAAGAGAUAGAAUUCUUCUUUCCAUGACGCCUGAAUAUGAAUUGACCGUGUCGGGUCGAAAUUUUGUAAAGAUUUUGGUUAAUCGAUCCUUUUGGACCUGUCUGCCUGCUGUCCACGUGUUUCGAUAUCGGUCAGACACAUCAACCACGUGUGAGACGCUACACGGUGUAUUCAUUGUUUUGCUGUUCGGAAUUUCUUCUCAGAGAGGUUCUACAUGGCGAGCCUGUGCCAGACCGCUCCAAAAUGAAAUUUUAGUCUGUACACUGUAGAAAUGUGUUUCGGAGGGUUUCUCCAAGGUCUGGCUAGCUAACGACCUUGGCUAGCUAACAACGUGAACCAGGCUAACGACCUUCUUCACCUUUCCUCCUUGAGGUAUCCCUCCCCCACCCACCAGUGGAUUGUGAUGCAAUGUUGUGACUCCAUUUCCUAUUGGAAGAAAACGCCCAGCAUGAAGAGAGAAGUCAAGAUGUUUUAUAAAUAUUCAUGAUUUGAAUGAUAACAUUGUGAUGAUACUUGCCAUUUUAUCAUAUGUUGGAAAAGAAAUGUUUUCAGUUCAAAUGCUGCAUAAUAUUUUAUUUUCUCGGUUUGUUCUCAAAUUAAAUGGUCGGUAGCAACGA